AUGGUCAAGGAAGUCGUCCAACUCUCCUAUUGCGCGUUUGAGACAUCGGCACCAGGUACUGCACAAGGAGGUGCGUUCUCCAUGCAUCCGCUUGAGAUUUCAGACGGUUUCUCUCCAAAAGUGAAUUUGAGCGAGGACUUUUUGAGGUUCGUGUCCGUGUAUCUCUUCACUUCUGCUGGACCCAGAUUGCGGGCAGGGGCUCGAAUUCAGAAGGAUCUACGCACUCUACAGACGGAGGCACCAGAUGUAUUCUCCGGCCUCACGACCAUCGCUUCACCAACUGGUAGUUCUGGCUCUGCAUCCGACACCGCCGCCGCCGACCCUGCCACCACUCCAGCGUCCAACACGAGAGGCACCGACGCAAAAGCAACCGCAAUUUCGCAUCACAUUAAACACUGCCAAGUUCCGUGUGGCGACCAGCGGAGGCUCAUCUCAUCAUCUGUUAGUACCAAGAACCCAAUUCAUGUAGAGGAUGUGACGAUAUCCUCGAUACAAAUGAGGCAAACAGGCUUCUCUAGGAAUACUCAGUCAGUCAAGAGGGUGCGAGUGGUUGAGGAGAUGGGGGUGUAG